GACUACGCAGCAGGAUUUACAAACACACACUACAGGAAAUCUUUAUUAUAACCAAAAGUGAAAGCAUUUUACGAGGGAAUUAGUUGUGUGCAUCACAGAAGACGUUUGAAAACCAGUAAGAAAAAGAACUUCUUCAGGACAAAAUGAGCAGCAGAGACACGGUUUCCAGCAUCAUCAUCAUCAGAAGGUACCUGCAGUGGUGCUGUUGAUCCUGGGCUCUGUUCACCUGGUCACUACGGACUCCCACUCUCUCACCAUGGUGGCUACGUUCAUAUCUGGAGAGACACAGUUCCCAGAGUUCACUACGGUACUGCUGGUCAAUGAUGUUCCUGUGGAAUACUAUGACAGUGAUAUAAAGAAGGUUGUUUCUCGGAGACACUGGAGGGUAAAUGACAUCAUGGAGGAAACUUUUCUCAGAGAUUUUGGGACAGGAGAUGUUUAUACUAGAAUGAAAACCUCAUCACAUAUCAUGAUGAAACGCUCAAAUCACACUCAAGCAGGAGUUCAUGUUUAUCAGGUAUUUACAGCUUGUGACCUGGAGGAUAAUACACUGAACAGAUUUUUUGUAAUAUCAGCUUAUGAUGGAGAGGAAAAAUGUCAGUAUGAUGCCAUCAGACAUACACAGAAUACAAUGAUCCCAGAGUUUGUUUGGAGCAAAGUAACAAGGGAAAUUAAACAAAUGACUUACACGAAUUUGUACCAGCCUCUGUGUGUGAGGACACUUAGGAGAUACCUGCAGGAGGACAAGAACAUACUGCUGAGGAAAGAGCGUCCCAGAGUGAGGGUCAUACAGAAGACAGAGCCACACAGCGGAAGGACACAGGUGAGCUGUGUGGCCACCGGCUUCUACCCCCGACGCGUCAACAUGACCCUGCUGAGGGACGGCCGGCCCGUCCCAGACCGGGAGCUCACGGGAGGAGAGGUGCUGCCCAACGGAGACGGGACCUACCAGCUGAGAAGGAGUCUGAGUGUCAGUGAGGAGGAGCUGAGAGAGAGACACCGCUACACCUGUACUGUGUCGCACCUGAGUGUGGACAACAAGCUGGACGUCAACUGGGAACCAGAAGCUCCUGCACACACUGUGCUCAUCAGUGCAGUUCUCAUCGCUGUCCUGGUUCUCGCUGCACUCAUCAUCACAGCCAUUGUCCUUUGCAGGAGGAGAAGACACACUGGGAUCAAGAACUUGUGUCCAUCAGCUGCUGGAGUGAAAUACGCUGCAGCCCAGAAAAGUGACGCAGAUUCAUCAAGCAGCUCCUCGGUAUCUUAGUGACUUUACUGCUGGUGUUUCCUGUAAACCUUCCAGAAACUGGACUGAGUCCAUCAUUUAUAACAAACACGAGUACUUGUGUGGCAACAUGUCGUGUGAUAUUGUACUUUGAAAAGGAAAGUUUUGCUGUAUUCUGCCUUUUAUGGCACAAAGGUUUUUAAUGAAACUUUCCCUUUGCUUUGCUGUAUAUUCGGUGAAUAAUAUGUUCUUGCGUUCUAAAAUAUACUCUUCCU